AUCAAUGAAGAAGAAGAAGAAGAAGAAGAAGAAGAAAAAAGCAGAAGAAGAAAAAGAAGAGACCGCCAUUAAAGUGUUAUGUGUUCCGCUGUUAUCAUUAAUGUAUUGCAAACGUGCGUAAACUUUAAGAAACGUGGUAAAUGUUUGGCCGAACACGAGCAUAACAAAGUUGGGUGAAAUGGUUCUUGUCUGGAAACUGAACAUCUGAAAUCGUUGUUGUCAGUUGACUGGGUGUGGCUCAAACUAACGUUUAACUAUUACCAAAAAUAACACGUUCGAAUCUUCUGAAAUCUACAACAAUAUGAAGAACGUUUUGAGAACUGUUGUGUUUGCAGUCAUCGUCUGUGGUGUGUUUAGUGCUGAUGAAGAUAAAGUGAAGUCAGUGAUGGAGGGAGAGUCUGUCACUUUAAAUCCUGACCUCACUCAAAUGCACGGAAUAAUUCAGAAAAAGUGGAUUUUUCAAAAAAAGGGAUCCACCACUACUGAAAAUAUUCAAUAUGUGGAGAUACUGAAAAACAGACUGAAGAGGAAUGAUCAGACUGAAUCUCUGACUAUCAACAACAUGAGAUCCAAACACUCAGGAAUUUACAUACUUCGGAUUGACCUCAAUACUGGGCCCAAAGAUAUAAGAUUUACUGUUAAUGUCGAAGAGGUUCCAUCUGCUAGUGAUAUUUAUAAUAUUGAAAUGAAGAAUGUAUCAGUGACGAAGGGAAAACCAGUCAUUCUUCAGACUGAUAUUACUAAACUACAAGGAGAUGAGCUGAUAGUGUGGAGGUUUGGAGAUGAGGGAAAACUCCUGGCUAAAGAAGAUAAAGAGGCCAAGAGUUCACCGUAUUAUAAUACGGAUGAGAGAUUCAGAGACAGACUGCAGCUGAAUGACCAGACUGGAUCUCUGAUCAUCAGCCACACGAAAGACACAGAUGCUGGACUUUAUACAGUGAAGAUCAACAGCAACAAACAAAUGACAUACAAGAUAAUCACUGUUGCUGUCACUGUUCCAGCUUCAGGUGGGUCUCCGGGUGGAAUAAUAGUGAUUGUUCUGCUGGGAAUUGCUUUAGCUGCUGCUGUUGUUGUUGCUGUUUGCUAUUGCUGCAAGAUCUCCAAAUCAAGAAAACCAAUAGAUAAUAUUUCCGAUCAAAUAAAGGAACUGCCAAAUAUCUGUAAUGAUCUGAAGCAACUGUCGCAAGAAGUGUUGGAUGCCCGUGAAAGCAAUUCCUCUCAAGAAGAACUGUUGAAGAUCGCUAAAAAACUAGAGGAUGUGUCCGCUGCCUGUGAUAAAGAUAUGCUGACGGUCUCUAAACAUUUAACCCAACUGCAUGAAGAAAUCUCGAAAAAAUUGAGUGCAGUCUUGUCCCCAAGAACUACUUCCCAAGCUGAUCCAGGACAAGAUCUCGAUAGAACACAAGUAAAGAGUUCAGUGCCGGAAGCAUCAGGACUGUUACAUGAAGAAGCCGUGUAUGCGAAUGAAAGAUCAAAUCCAGUUUAAUGAGAGAAGACACGCCCACCAAUGCCGAUUACUGUGACAUCAUCAACAUUUAAAGCUGCAGCUACAACAAUAAUCAUCUUUCUGUUAUUCAGAGCUUCUAGAAUGCUUCCAGUGAAAGAAAAAAAAAAACCUGUGUUUGUUCAGCCUUUAAAUUUGUGUGUAAAAAGAUUUUAAAUGAAGAUGGAAACUUUUACAUCAGUUUAUGAAUGUUACUCAUCAUAUCUGUUACUCUGUUGGCAGUUUGACUCUCAUAGCUUUAAUUUUGUAUGAAUGUAGACAGCGAGCAGCUUCUAUCAUACAUUUUAUCACAGCAGCGUUUCUCUAAUCGUUUUGUGUGAGGUACUAUUGUUUUUUAUAAUUAACACCAAUAUCAGGAUAAUGGACCUGUUUUGCGGUCUCAGGUAUGAAACUCACAUUUCAGAAACAUCUUUGACUAUCAGGGUCACACUUGAAUUCAGUCUAUCUGGCACUUUUAUUAUACAAGUCAAUCAGCUAAACAUUUAUUUACAGCAAUUUGCUUGUAUUUUAAGUUUGUGCUUUUAGUAUACUUUCAUUAUUUACUAUUAUUGGGUCUAUUAUUUUACUCUCAUUUUAUUAUACUUUUAAUAUGUUGUAUGUGAAUCUGCUUCUUCAUCUAAAUCUGAUCUGCAUGUCAAAUUUAGUAUAUAAAGGGCUUUGUAUUUAUGCUGAAGCACUUAAAUUAACCUUUAACAAAAAAGCUGUUGUUUAACUCGAGCACUUACUGAAGUGAAGUCACACUGUUGUGAAUUUGCUUUAUUGAUGAAUCUGUUGGUCAUUUUGACGACUGCAUGUUCAUAAUGAAUACAUGUCAAAUACUUACUAACUGAAAGUUUCUGUCCUCAAGUUUAGUGGACAAAUAUUACUAACAAUGCUUGAAAGUGUAUUUGAUUGUUAUGCUUCCUUAAAAAUAAUAAAGGAGAAUUGUGUGAAA